AUGAUUUGUCUGAAGACAAAAUCACUGUUGCUUGUGUUUGUAUUUUGUACAUCAUCAAAAGUAAAACCAUUGAAGUCAGAAUUGCAACUUGCUGAUGGCAUAUUAUAUGGUGAUAUGGUACCAAACACAAUAACUGGUAAAAUAGUUGGUGGUGUGUGUUCCCUGAGUGGUGUAUUGGUUAUUGCAUUACCAGUGCCUGUAAUUGUUUCAAACUUUAGUCGUAUUUAUCAUCAGAACCAAAGAGCAGACAAACGCAAGGCACAAAAGAAAGCACGAUUGGCUCGUAUCCGCAUGGCUAAAAACGCGAGCGGCGCAGCCUUUAUCACUAGCAAGAAACGAACUGAGGAGGUCGUACUUGCUAGAGAAAGUGGUCUUGAAGUAGAUGACUACAAAGAAGACAUAUUCGAGUUACAGCAUCAUCAUCUCUUAACCUGUCUAGAAAAAACUACUGGUUUAAAUAUGGUGCUGCCAGAAGAGUUUGGGAAACAAAUAUUAGGUCCAGAAGCUGUAUUGGACUGGCAGGUGUACUCUUAUCCUGCAGAAAGCUCGGUUGAGGAAGAAAAAACGGGUUUCUCCACCAGGGGUUCAGAUGAUUUUACCAUUUCUAAUCAUUUCCAAAUGGCUAUAUUCCAGGGGUUGAAUUCUACUACACGCUUACCAUCAAGUAUGGAACAAGAAAUGCAGUCAAUAGAACGUGUCUUAACAUGGAACUAUUACAACUAUACAAGUGAAGAGCCUGCUGAACACAAACCGGACAGGGAAUUUACAGAGAUGGAUAUGACUUUUAGUAUACCUCCUAAUAAGCCUUCGGAGACACCUCCACCUUCACCUGAUCCAUCAUUGGCAUCUUUAGAGCGAAGGAGGAUGACAGGAUGCUGUACUUGUAGGUUUUCUCCACAACGCCGGUUCCUGACAAGAUCAUCAGGACACGAGUCGGAGCAGGAAGAGCUGAACGAUGUCCAGAUCCGCCUGCCCACUAUUAAUCGGACAUCUAGGUCCAGCCUCAAUGCUAUUGGCAGUACCAACAGUAAAUCAAAUAAUACAGUAACUGUAACAACAGCUAUUGUUACCCUUCCAACAUCCAGCACUACCUCUGAAGCUGAGUCUCUACGAACUCAUAACACUAGUGGCGGGACAAUGUCCCCACAGUUAGAAGCUCAGAACCCUAACAUUGUGAAAAUAUCAACCUUGUAAGAGUAAGGAAAAAGUAUAUCUAAAAGCUAGAGAAAGUUUAAAAACAAAAAACAGACUAAAACAUAAGUAAACAAAUUAAAAUUAAAAAUUCAACUAACACUGAAAUCUAAACCAAAAGAGUUCUUACACUUUAAAAGAUUUUCAUGGUGGGGGAAAAGGAGAUAUACCAAGAUUGGUGUACUCUUCAAAUUACAUUUGAACUGAAUGGAGAAAUAUGUGUUGUUGAGGAUUCUCUUGAAGGAAUUGGCAGAACUUCAAAAAUCACCAAGGGAGUUGAAUUGAUUUCUUUUCAGCUUGUCUAUCACUUCAUCCUGCAACAUGAAAAGAAUAGUAAGUUCAUUCUUCAAUGCAGUCUGUGUCAGUGCCACUUGAUUGGCAACACCGAUUUGUUACAGAAUUAAGUAUUGAAGUAAGCCUUGUGAUCGAGGUGUGCAGGGUUCCCUCCCUUAAAAAGAAAAAAAAAAAAUGACAAACAUUGUAUGUAUAACAGAAUAAUUACUCUCUGUGUUGGAAUUUUAAGAAUGGAUUCUUGUCAAUUUAUUUAUUUAUUUAUUUU